CUUCAUGUUGCCCGGUGAAUAUGCUAGAGUCCUCCCACCUUGAAUCAAAGAUGAAUGAAACCUCUUUACUCCAAGAUGAAUCCGACUCGGAAGCUGAUGUCUUCGCCAAGGUUGGUCGCUGUACGUACCUCAGCAUAAACCUUGAUGCCAUCACCCGCAAUGUGGAAUACAUCAGAGCAAGAUGCGCGCAACAUACGGGCAUCAUUGGAGUCAUAAAGACAGCUGCCUAUGGUCAUGGCAGUCAAGUCGUCGGGAAGCACCUUAGAGCCAUCGGUGUUGAGAGACUAGCAGUUGGCACAGCUGGAGAAGGGUCGCUCCUCAGAAAAGCAAACAUAGCGGGACCAAUACAUGUAUUUGGUAAUGCACAUCCAAUCGAAGCCAAAGAUCUCUUGACGCAUGAUCUGAUACCAACUGUGAGUUCAAGAGAUUUCAUCAAACAGUGGAGUAAACUGUUGAAGAAGGAGAACUGUAGGUGCAGAAGAAAUUCUGUUAGGGUCAGUGACAAAGGAACAGGCAUAAUAGAAAAUGGCCUGGGACAUGUUUUUGAUGUGUGUUGCCAUGGCAAGGUGGCCAUCAAUAUCGACACUGGAAUGUCAAGACACGGCAUCAAACCGAAGGACUUGGAUGGUUUUGUAAAACUGUGUGACGAGGAGGGUGUGGAAGUGGACAGCAUUUUCACUCAUUUCUCAAAAUCUGCCAAUGAUCACAGUUGGACACACGAGCAGCUGGAGAAGUUCUUGAAAGUGGCGGCACCAUACAGGUCUAGAGGGGUUAAACUACACGUUGCCAACUCCGGUGCCGUUUUGAAUGGUUAUGGAACGGACCUGGACUUCGUGAGACCCGGCCUCGCCCUUUAUGGUCUGAUUUCAAGCCAUGAUUUGAAAAAUGAGGAUGAACCAGCAGACAUUUGUGACAUUGGCCUUCAACCAGCCUUAGCCUGGUUAGCCAAACCAACAUUGGUGAAAACGCUAAUGCCUGGCAGUAUCAUCGGCUACAACAACACCUACAGGACCGAGAAGGAAGAAGUCAUCGCUACAAUCAGUGUUGGUUUUGGAGACGGAUUUUCAAGAGGUUUUUCAAACAAUGGCUAUGUAAAAAUUCAAGAUGGCCACCACUACCCAGUCGUUGGUGUCGUUUCGAUGGACGCAAUAACAGUGCGAACUGAUAGUUUAGAUGAUGUGAAUAAAACCUUUUAUGUGAUAUCAGACGAUUUUGAUGCAAAUACGUCAAUUUUUGCUCGGGCAAGGCAGCUUGGAACAAUAACUUCCAAUAUUGUGACAGAUUUAAGUGUGAGAAUACCAAGGGUAUAUUUCAGGGAUGGUAAAUUGCACAGCAUUGUCAAAGAUAUCACAGAUAUGUAUUGAUAUUAAAUGGAGUGUCAAUAAGUCUCAAUGGAAACCAAUUUGACAACACAGAGGAGUGGACAAAGACAGAUUUUGUUGCAAGUUCCAAAAUUCUUCAAGAGGUUUGAUGUUUUUUUAAUGAAGAUCAUGAAUAUCUUUUACACAUUUGAUAUUUUUACCUCAUGGCACCAAAGUCAAAUAUUGCUGCGCACCAGGGAUCCCUAGAAAUCCACAUCCGUUCAUCAAGAGAUACAAAUCUGGACUACUGCAUGGUAUCCGGUAGUGUUAACCACCAGGCUAUGAGGCUACUCAUAAAAUAAUACUGCUAAAUUACUGCUGAAUUGGGUUUGGAGAAGCUCCGUCUCCAGUCGUGAUCGCACGCUAUCUUUUGAAAAUAAAGCAUUC